AUGGAUUUCCAUGGUCCUAUUAAUCCAGCAUCUCGUCGUAGAAACAAAUAUAUUAUAUGUCUUACAGAUAUUUUAUCAAAAUUUGUGCUAGCAAAAGCAGUCCGUGAUAAUAGUGUACAAACAGUUGUUAAAUUUCUUAAAGAAGACAUUAUUUCAAAAUUUGAACGAUAUAAACAACGUUAUGGUACCAAUCGUUCCGAUCCAUCAUACAAUGUUGGUGAUCUCAUUCUCGUUAAAACACUCAACAUUCAUUCAAAAUUCAAUGCUCGUUAUGAAGGACCAUUCCGAAUUAUAGAAAAUCUUAUACCAAAAACAUUUAUUGUACAACACAUCAAGAAACCAAUAUUACACCGUCAAGUUACAACUGAUGUGUUACUUCCAAUUUAUGAACAACAUUAUUAUGCUUCAAAUUAUCCACCAUUUGAACCAUCAUCUUAUGAAUUAAUUUUUAUUAAUUAUAGAGCAAUAGAAGAAACAUUAAUUCAAUUAAUUAAAAUUAUUAAUUCAUCCACAUUAUUUAUCAUGGAUACAGAAUCUGUAGUAUGUACUGAUAUACAAGAAAACAACCCGUGGUCCAUACAAGCUGCAACAGCAUAUGAAUUACACAAAUGGUUAGAUAAACGUUAUACACGUUCACCAUUUGAUAUCGGGCUGGACCCAAAAUUAGUUAAAUUAAAUUCUAAUGAAUUCGAAUAUCGUCAAUUAAUAACUCAAUAUGCUAGAAAUGAUUGUGAUGCAAUGUAUCAACUUCUUAUUGCUAUGGAUGUAAUUAAACAACAAUCACCACAAUCACCAGCGAACGAAGAAGAAACAAAUAAUGAUUUAGAAUUAAUGUUAUUUGAUGUCAACGAACAAAACGAACAAGAAUUAUUUGAAGAACAACAAACUACAAUAACUUCGUCAUCAACAACAAAAGCAACACAUUUUGAAUUACCAAUACCAUCAUCUAAUGAUAAUGAAUCUAUUGAAUGA